AUGGCGCUCGCAUCACUCCUCCGGCUAUGCACGCUGACAGCGCUACUCGCUCGUCUUACCGCCGGAGCGAUUACGGUCAAUAGCACACUACUGAUCCUCUCUCGCGACUCUAAUGCGACUUCUGGUGUUUCGGUCUUGGAGGGCUACGGCAUCCCCUACCAAGUCGUGGAUCUCUCGCUUCCAGGAGGAGGAUUCCCGCAGCUGAAUUCAACCCCGGAUGCUGGCAACUUCGGCGGCAUUGUUGCAGUCAGCGCGCGGGCAUAUCAGAACGGAGAUGACUGGGCGAAGGCUCUCACCGCGAAGCAAUGGCAGGAGCUGUACAGCUACCAGGAGGCAUUCGGCGUGAGGAUGGUGCGUUUGAAUGCUUGGCCAAGUGCAGAGUUCGGUGUGCAAAGUGCAGGUGGCCUAGUUACUGCUGACCAGCCUAUCUCGAUCUCGAACGCGAAGGAUUUCUCGACCGCUAAUAUCGUUUUGAAUGCUCAAAUGAGCACCCAGGGCCUGACGAAAUAUCCCGCCAAAAUCACCAACACUUCCGCCACAACGGAGAUUGCUCAAUUUGGCAGCGGCACAUCGAAGACAACAGCUGCAGUCAUCAACAAGUCCCCAACUGGACGCGAGCAGCAAGUAUGGUUCACCAACUUCGAUCCCAACCUGACAUCGUCGAUUCUCCUCUCCCACGCAUGGAUCCACUGGCUCACGCGCGGCCUCUAUCUCGGCUUCCGCCGUGUUUACUUCAAUACUCAGAUAGACGACAACUUCCUGUUCACCGAGCUUUACCAGACCGGAAAGUCGUUCCGCAUCCAAGCCGCCGAUUAUCAACAGCAUGUCACCUGGAUGAAGGAAGUCAACUCCAAGCUUCCUCCUGGUUCCUCGUAUGUUAUAGAGCUCGGACACAACGGGAAUGGGGAUAUCGAAGAGGCUGUGGAGCACGACUAUGACAAUGACCCCGCCCUUUGCGAUCCGCAGGAAGGCGUGGAGUAUGCUGACCAGAUCGAUGGUCCUCCAGACUACAUGAAGCCGAUCGGCACGGGGACAGAUCUGUGGAAUAAAAAGUUCAAGAAGUGGCAGUGGACGCUUGAUUGUAUGGAGCUGGAUCCGCUGCAUGUUUGGAUGGCGGACAAGACGAACAUGCAUUCGUAUUAUCACGUCUCCCAUACUUUCACGCACGAAGACGAGACGAACGCAACAUACGCAGACGUCGUCAAAGAGAUUCAAUGGAAUCAAGAAUGGUUCAAGCGCGUGGGCUUCACCGAUGCGGAGUCCUCGCCUUACUUCUCGCCCAGCGGUCUGAUUCCGCCUGGAAUCACUGGUCUGCAUAACGGCGACGCGAUCCGCGCCUGGCUCGAAAACAACAUCACGUACGCUGUGGGCGACAACUCGCGCCCCAUCCUCAUGAAUGUCCCAAGCCGCAAGUCCGACUACCACCCCAUCAUCACGAACGUAAAGGAGAACGGAUAUGCUGGCGCGUACAUCGUCGGCCGCUACGGCUCGUCUAUCUACUACAACUGCGAUUUGCCUGCUUGCGUCAACGCUGAAUGGAAGGCCAUUGCGGCCGGGACAGGCGACUUCAGCGCGCAGAUCGAGUAUGAGAAGAACACGAAUACGAAGUACCUCCUCGCUCUUCGGUGGGAUCCGUAUAUGUUCCAUCAGGCGAAUAUGAGGGUUAGCGACACCACUGCGUUCACGCUGAUGGGGAAGAACAAGAAAUGGAGCUUGUUGAUGGCGUGGACUGAGGCAGUGAUCUAUGAGUUUACGAGGCUGACUGAAUGGCCCGUCAUCACGCUGAAGCACGACGACAUCGCCCGAGCAGUCAUCGCCCGUAAGAACCGCGAUGAAUGCCUCCCGAACCUGACAUACCAGGUCUCGGACGAUAGGAAGUCGAUCACUGGAGUCACCGUCAACGCGAAGAACGCGAGGUGUGGAACGGCUAUUCCGGUCACCUUUCCCAGCAAUGUGCAGAGUGCUGCGAGCGCGACGAAGGAGCAGGUCGGCAAAGAUCCGGUGACGCUAUGGGUGACUCUUGGUGGAAGCGCGAAGACGUAUAGUUUGGGAAGCGCACUGAAGAUACGCUAA